GAGCAAGAAUAAAUAAAGUUAGCUCAUGCAGUUUCCUUCCUAUGCUUAGCUCAUUCGGAAGCUGAGGAGGAAGAAACAGCAAUCAGCCUGGCAAAGACAAAACACUCCAAUUCUCUGCUGGGUGGGAACCUUGAAUAGGAUAAGCAGGGGGCUGCCUGCGUCUGGCCCAAUCUGCUGCAGAGAACAGCUUGUCCUAGCCCAGACUCCUAAAGAGCUUUCAAACAACCAACAAGGCAUGGGAGCCAAAGGGGAGGGGCACCUGCCAGGUGAUCCUCCUCCAGAACAGGAGGGGAAGAAUGAGGGCAGGGCGGAGAUGUCUGGGCAGGAUAACAGAGGUGCUGUGGAAACUGAAAUUGCUACUGCUGUGAUGCAAUGCGCUCCUCAGGGGUGUUUUCAAUGCACUCAACUCAAAGAGGCUCCAGAGCUGAAUAAUUCAGCUUGCUGCCACUUCAAGUCCUACCCAACUGCUUGAAAAGAAAUGCAGCCCUGAUAACAGCCUGUGUUUGGGAGAAGAAGAAAAAUUAAACUAAAAGAACAGACAAGACUGCUGGUGGAGAAGCUGCGAGGGAAUGCCCUGAAACAGAUGCUGGUGAGUGGAGGACAGUCGUCUCAGGGGCCAGACCUCUCGCCGCACAGACAGCUCCCCAGUGCAGUUGGGCAACAAAUGUGAGGCCCUGGUUGCACUGGAGGAGUGUGCAGUGGGGCAAAGUGCACUGGAGGGGCCUGCCGCCAUUAUCGAGUGAGCUGAGGGCCGGCCAGCAACACAAGGAGCACAUAGGAGUUUGAGAGAUGUUUUUGUUGGGACUUCUGCCUGUCUUGCUUUUCUUCAGCCAAGAUCUUCAAGUAGCUCCAUACUCGUUUGAGAACUGCUUAGUCCAUGGAAACUUGGGGAGAAGGAUGAAAAUGCUAUGCUAUCAGAGAAACUUGUCUCAAGUCCCAGCUCAUCUUCCUAGCAACAUAAAAAGCUUGGACCUGUGUGAGAAUAGGAUUGCACGCCUAAGGCAGAAUGAUUUCAAGAACAUGAGCCUGUUGCAAAUGUUAAAUGUUUCUCAGAACCAAAUAAAUGUCAUUGAAGAAGGCACGUUCAUUCACACAGGCAGCCUGGAAUUCCUGAACUUCACUUCAAACCAGCUGAGGAGUCUUUCCAGCUCUACAUUUGAUGGAUUAGUGAAUCUUACUGUCUUGCUACUCAGGAAAAACAACAUUGACAGGAUUGAGCUGUCGACUUUUGACCACCUGAUAAAGUUAAAGGUAAUUGAUUUAACUUCAAAUAAGUUACAUUUUGUGAAAGCUUUGGAUGCUAUGUUUAAGGUGAAGUCUUUGGAGAUCCUGCAAAUUAGCGAGAACAACAUAACAAAUUUUACAACCAAAGAUAUUGUUUAUGUGCCCAUGAGGCUUCACAAACUGGAUGCAUCGCAUAAUCCGAUCUCUUUCAUUGAUGUUACAACUGAUGCUUUGCACAGUCUUGUUUCAUUGGACUUAUCCUUCUCUGGCAAACAUAACCAUGUUACAUGGCUUAUACAAGAUCCAUGUCUCCUGAAAGGGCUAAAGAAUUUAUAUUUAGGAGGAAUAUUUAUGACACCAGGAGACAUAUCAACUGUUUUCCAAAAGCUGAGCUGCUCUUUGCUAGAGGAUAUCCACCUAAAUGAUUUGAACUUGACUGAUUCUGACAAUCUUAUAGAGGAGGUCUGCCUUUGGCAGCAACAUGUCAAAGCUCUGAAUUUACAAGGCAAUAAAUUAAAAAACAUUAGAGCAACUGUCUUUGAAAACUGCACUCAGCUGAAGUACUUGGAUAUGACACACAACAAGUUACAAGUGAUACUGUCUACAUCUUUUCAGUUCCUGAAUGCUUUAGAAUUUUUGUUCCUGGCAAACAAUAAGUUCAGUGAAGUACCUAUUGUGACUUCAAAUAUAACAUCACUAAAAAGUUUGGAUCUCAGCUUUAACCAGAUUCAGAAAAUUACCCCAAGUGACUUUGCUGGUCUGAAGAAUCUGCAGUUUCUCAAUCUAACUGGAAACCAGAUCACUAAAAUCAAUUCAGAAUUAUUUCAGGAUUUGGAUAAUUUGUUGGAGUUAAAUUUGGGAAUGAACAUCCUUUUGGAAAUCUCACAGCCUCUCUCAGAUAGUUUAUGGAAGCUGGAAAAAAUAAACCUCAGAAGAAAUAAGAUGAACUCCAUCAAGAAAGGCACUUUUAGGAAUCUGACUUCCCUGCAGUUUCUCAAUCUGGUGGACAACCAGAUUAGCACAAUAGAACCAGGAGCCUUUGAAGGGCUGAGCAGCCUGCAAACAUUGCUUCUUGGCAGCAACAGGAUCACCGGGAACACUUUGCAGAAGGGCAUUUUCGAAGGGGCAAGCUCAAUAGUAGAGCUUCAGCUUUUUAACAAUUACAUCUCUUAUGAGUCAGCUGGAAAACUUGACAACCCUCCCUUCAUUCUCCUGAAGUCUUUAAAGAAACUUACUCUGAACAGCCAACGUCAUCUAGGGCUUCAGAAUUUCCCAUCUAACUUCUUGCAAGGUCUGGAAUCAAUAGUGUCAAUCCAUGCUGGCAACUUGGACAUCAGCUCCUUGCACCCAGACACUUUUAGUUACACCCCUGGGCUCCAAGAACUGGAUUUGAGCAACAAUCCGAUCAGUCCUAUUAACCUGGACCUUUUCCAGCCUGUAGCAAACCUGACAGAAUUACACCUCAAUAAAAUAGGUCUCCAGUCACUCAAUUUUGUUCUUCAUGCCAACUUCUCUAAACUGGCAGUGCUCAGAGUAGCUACAAAUGAGCUUGAUGUUAUUAAACCAAACCACAUUGCAGCUUUGCCAUUUCUUACUUUCCUGGAUCUCAGAUACAAUCCUUUUACCUGCUCUUGCAAUAACAAAGCAUUCCUCAAUUGGUCCCUUAAUAGCUUAAAAACCCAGGUGAUCUAUUUGUAUGAGUACACUUGUGCUUUCCCACCCAGCAGUAAAGGAGACAAGCUGUGGACCUUUGAUUUCUCCUCCUGCACUGCUAAUCUCGACUUCAUCUUGUUUAUAACUAAUUCAACCCUAGUUAUUUUGCUGAUGAUUGUCUGCCUCUUUUAUCACUGGAGGUGGCAGGGGAUUUAUGCCUACCAUCUAUUACUUGCUUAUAUUUAUGACAACAGGCACAAAAGAAAAAGGCAGCAUAAGAAAUACGACUAUGAUGCAUUUGUCUCCUACAACACAGAGGAUGAGAAAUGGGUGAUCAAUGACCUCCUUCCCAAGCUGGAAGAUGAGUACCACUGGAAGCUGUGUCUGCACCACCGGGACUUUGAACCAGGAAGAGCUAUCCUGGACAACAUUGUGGAUAGUAUCUAUGGGAGCAGGAAAACUAUCUGUGUCAUAACCCGCCACUACCUUGAAAGUGAAUGGUGCUCUAAGGAGAUUCAGGUAGCCAGCUUUCGCCUCUUUGAUGAACAUGAGGAUGUCCUGGUCCUGAUUUUCCUGGAAGACAUUCCUGCUGGUUAUCUAUCACCCUACCAUAGGAUGAGAAAGCUGAUAAAGAAAAAAACAUACCUUGCAUGGCCCCAGGAGAAGGAAAAGAUUCCACUCUUUUGGCUUAAACUCCAUAUGGCCUUGAAGACAAGUGAAGGGAAAGUGGAUGAAGAUCCUAUUUUGUCUGUGAUUGUUCCAGAUGAAGACCAAUAAAGACAGUUCCCAGUAGUAAAUGUCUGUCUAUGGCAUGCCUAAUGGGCUUAUUCUGUAGUUUCUAGCUACAUCAACCUUACAAAAAGUGUUGUGAACUUUGAACGAUCUUUACUCUAAAUAUUAAACUCUAAUUUUUAGGGUA